AUGACGACGAGAAUGGCGGCGCUCCUCUUACUCCGAAGGCAGGCGGCCGGCGGCGCGGUGCCAAGGCUGCAGCAACCGUACGCCGGCCUAACCACCGCAGCUGCGAGGCAGGACGCUCUAGAUACUGUCGGCGAGGAGAGCGGAGGGCCGGACAAGGGGAACAAGAACCGAUGGAUGGAGCUCCCACCGUUCGCGCCGGUCGAUGCCGCCGCCGCGGCGAGAGCCAUCUUUCGAGGGGAAGGAGGAGAUGAAAAAGAAGAGGGCUCCAACUCCACCGCUAUCAAGUGGGUCAGGCGGUGCUGCCCCCAGCUGCCGGCCUCGCUGGUGCAGAAACUCUUCCGCCUCCGCAAGGUUAAGAAGAAUGCUGUGAUGGCCGAGACAUCUUCCGCAGAUGCUAGCGCUGAGCAAUUCCGGUUGAAAAGGGUUUCGGCGAAAGAUCACCUAGUGCCUGGCGAUACCCUUUUUCUACCUGUUAAUAUUCAAGAAUCUUCUGUUGCUGAGAAGACCAGGAAAUUUGAUAACAGGAAUGAGAUUGAGUUUUUGCGUAGCCUUGAGAUUCACAAGGAUGAAGCCAUCAUUGUGGUCAACAAGCCUCAUGGAAUGCCGGUGCAAGGUGGUGUUGGCAUUAAAAACAGUAUAGAUGUAUUAGCCCCGAUGUUUGAAGAAAAUUCUUCUGAUGCACCUCGCCUGGUCCACAGGCUUGAUAGGGAUUGCAGUGGUGUCCUUGUUCUGGGUAGAACUCAACUUAGCGCUUCCAUUUUGCAUGCUAUAUUUCGUGAGAAAACUGCUGAUGCUUUAGCUGAUGGUACUCAACAAGUAUUGCAAAGAAAAUAUGUUGCACUUGUGAUAGGAACACCUAGACAUCCCAAGGGUUUACUGUCGGCCCCACUUGCGAAGGUUUUAUUACAAGACGGCAAGUCUGAACGUCUGACAGUUAGAGCUGGUCCAAAUACUACUUCUGUUCAGGAUGCUUUGACAGAGUACAGAGUGAUUGAAUCUUGCCCCCAAGGGUUCACUUGGUUAGAAUUGUUUCCCCUUACCGGAAGAAAGCAUCAGCUCCGAGUCCACUGUGCGGAGGUUCUUGGAACACCGAUCGUUGGGGACUACAAGUACGGACGCCAAGCGCACCAGAACUGGGCGCCUCUCCCUGUUCCGCGAACCGUCGACAGGGAGCUGCUCAGGAGACGGAGGCUUCCCUUUGGCCUUGUCCAGGGUGGCGGAAGCGUCGCGGAGGAGCAGCCUCAGCUGCAUCUACACUGCAAGCAGAUGAUGCUCCCUGAUAUCUCGGCCGCUGUCCAAGGGUUGCAGUCAGAGGACGCGGAUCGUGAUUUCUCGGGUCUCGAGAAGCUCAGCUUCGUUGCUCCGUUGCCGGUACACAUGCGGCUGAGCUGGGAGGUUCUGAAGUCUCCUAACAAGUAACGGAAGAGUGUGGUUGGUCCUACUGUGAUGUUCUGCUGAAGAUCACAACCACGGAAGCUACACCAGGAGAAGUCAUUUUGGUACUACUAGCGCUGUAAGUUUAUUGCAGCACAGUGGUUCCAUUUUUUUGGUUAUUGUUGUUAUGAGUUCAACUG